AUGAGUGCGGGCUGCUUGAGCACACAAGGACUAGACCAAUAGGAAAAAAAGCCUCCCAGUCUUGAGGAGGGAAGGGGCUGGUGGUGACUCAAAGCAAGUCUAGAGGCUUUACAGUGAGUGGAACACCUCUCACGGUCCCACCACACACACAUUGAUCCGAGAGAUUUUUCCACUGUAAGACCUGAAGUUGCUCUCUAGAACCUUCAUAGAGGAGACAAUUAUCACGACAGACCGGAGAAACAACAACAAUAUGACGGAGAACUCACUGCUUUCAAGACUUUGACUCUCAGAGAAGAGCGGAGUGGAGAAAAGCAAGCCUCGGGGAUAAUUGCAUACUUUGUUGUCAUGGAAACCGGAGCCUGGCAGCGGACGCAAGGACCGCCGAAGGUGGAAUGACCUGGCCGGACCGCAUCCUUGACAAGUUACUGUCACGCUGAGAGGGGGUCCUUGGUUUAUGACAGAGUUCCCUGCCUACGGCGGUAACGUAACGCAAAAAGGCCAAAACGUAAAGGUGGAUAACAUCAACAUGAGAAUGCUGUGGAGAAUAACCAUCGCAGCCAUACUGGCUGGAGUGCUCUGCAUCACGGCAGAAACCAAAAGGUCCCGCCCGCAGGGCUACAUCCCGUCGCCAUACAAGACCAAAGGGAACCUGUCAUCCGAGCGCCACCACCGGCUACUGCAGCAGAAGCCCGAGGUGCUCUCGUCUAGCCGCGAGGCCUUGGUGGUGACCGAGCGUCGCUACCUGCGCAGGGACUGGUGCAAGACCCAACCCCUGCGCCAGACCAUCAGCGAGGAGGGUUGCCGGAGCCGCACAGUGGUCAACCGCUUCUGCUACGGCCAGUGCAAUUCUUUUUACAUCCCUCGACACAUGGGCCCCAGCAGCUCAGGACACGGCCAGAAUCGAGGACAAGGAAGAAAAGGCCACAAUAAGGCCCAGGAGCCAUUUCAGUCCUGCUCCUUCUGCAGGCCGCAUCGCGUCACGCAGCUCACGGUGCAGUUGGAUUGCCCAGACCUGCAGCCCCCUUUCAGGCACCGCAAAGUGCAGAGGGUCAAACAGUGUCGCUGCAGGUCUGUGGACGUGAGCGGCCACGGAAAGCUGUGAAGACCAUGAUGAAACUCACCAAUGAUGCCAAAAAAUGUCCUGUCUCCUUGCUUGGAACUUAAUGUAACACAGAACGAGAAGACACUGAUUAAAUCAAAGACUACAGGACAUGUUAAGAGACUGGUAUGUGUCGGUCUGGACCAGACAUUUUCCUUUACUGCCAGGGGAAGGAGUCCAAAAUCCCCAAAAUAUCCCGGACCCAAACUGUGAAAAGGUGUUUACCUGUAGGCGAUGUUCAGGCGUGCUACUUUUCUUAAUCCUUCUCAUCUUAAAUCUAUUCAGUGUCCUAAAUGAUACACAGUUGGUUGUCAAGAGGCGACACGAUGAGGACUAUUUACAUGUUUGGACACACAGUAUACGAGAAAAACAAUAAGAAAAAAUAAUACUGCUCAACAUGUUCUCACAAGAAUUUAGUAGGAAAUUAUACAAAAACAAACCAUUUUACUAGAUAUGGUUGACAUGCUUAAAAUUAUUAUUAUUAUUAUUAUUAUUUUGCUGGUUUUGUAAAUUUUUAAAGCAUUCUGCAUUCACAUCGUUAGAAACGGUUCAAGGUAUUUUCUUUCCUAGAAAUACCCAAAUACAGUACGCUUUCUAUAGCAUUUGCUUUUUGUAUAGAAUUCUACUAAAUUCGUGUGAGGACAGGCUGUACUGCUGCAUGUGUAAUUGAAGUGCAAUGCAAUAUAUAUAAAAUACAAUAUAUACAUGUAUGUGUGCAUAUGUGAAAAAGUAUAUUAAAUCUAUUUCAUAUAAAACAUUUUUUUCAUGGCUGCUGACAAACAGGAACACAAAAACCCCACCCAAAUGUAAGAUUACUGUAUUUUAUUCAAUAAAUAUAUAUAUAUAUUAGCUUUUUCAGGUUCAAAAGGAAUUCAAUCCAAAACAUGUCAUGUAAUCCUCUCGUUCCGUUAGCACAUAGGUGUAUGAUGUGAAUAUGACAAAAUGGCAAAACGAGCUGAUGGGAAUUAAAGCAUAAGACAAGCAAUAAUAGCUUGAUGGCAUUACAUCACUGCCACUUUAAGGGAGGUUGUGGCCUUUUUAGGGACAAGCGAACGUGGCGGGGGUGCUAAACAUGUGGCUACCAGUAUGUGAUGGGAUGAAAGUAAAGUAUGUGAUGGGAUGAAAGUAAAGUCAUGUCUUAACCACCUUUCCUUUAAAUAGAAA